CAGAGGGAAUAACCAUUUAUAUAUAGUUGUAUCCGUGCCUCUGUGUUUGGUAAUAAGAAUAACAUAGCGUUUGAGUUGAAGAGAGCCAUCAAUGGCGGAAGGGGAAGUCGACGUACAAGUGGAACAUCUAGACGUCCUCACAGAGAUCGGCCAGAAGACCGGUGUUUCCAAACCCAGGGGAGAUGUUCAUAGAGAUGGGGAUUAUCAUCGAUCAGUCCAUGUGUGGAUUUUUGCUGAGAAUACUCAGGAGCUGCUACUUCAACGCCGUGCUGACUGCAAGGAUUCAUGGGCUGGAUUGUGGGAUAUUUCCAGUGCUGGUCACAUAUCUGCUGAUGACACAUCUCUUGUCACUGCUCGAAGGGAGCUUCAAGAAGAGCUAGGUCUAAUCCUCCCUAGGGAUGCAUUUGAAAAGAUUUUUGUUUUUCUCCAAGAGUGUGUCAUAAACGAUGGUACAUACAUCAAUAAUGAAUUCAAUGAUGUGUAUCUGGUGACAACAUUAGAUCCAAUCCCUCUUGAGGCAUUCACACUGCAGGAAACAGAAGUCUCUGCUGUUAAAUAUAUAUCUUAUAAAGAGUAUCGCAGUUUACUUGCUAAAGAAGAUCCAGAGUAUGUUCCUUAUGAUGUGGAUGGACAAUAUGCUCAGCUUUUUGACAUAAUUGAACAAAGGUACAAAGAGAACAUCAUAUCACGCAGUUUAAAACUAGAAAAGCAACUCCAACAAUAUGCUUCUGUUUCUCUAAGUGCAGAGUUGUCAGGGCUCACCAAUGCUGACAAGGAAGCUCUAGAUUUACUGGUUAAGGCUGCAACAAUCAUGAAUGAAAUCUUUUACCUGCAGGUUUGGUACAGUAAUCCUAGCCUAAGAGAUUGGUUGAAAGAGCAUGCAGGUGCAUCACAAUUAGACAAGUUAAAAUGGAUGUAUUAUGCAAUCAAUAAGAGCCCAUGGUCUAGCCUUGAUGAAAAUGAGGCAUUUUUGACGACAGCAGAUUCAGCUAUAAAGUUGCUUACUGAAGCCGCAAAGCCGGUGGCUGGGUGGAAGGGUCUCAAAUAUAGAGCUGCAUUUCCUGUGCCAAAACCUCCUGGUGCAAACUUCUAUCCUCCAGACAUGGAUAAAUCGGAAUUUGAAUUAUGGAAAAGCAGUCUAACAGAGGACCAACAAAAAGAGGCAACAGGCUUUUUCAAUGUUAUCAAAAGACGCAGUGAAUUUAAUCUGGAUUCUUCUAUCUACAAUAACAUAGUUGGUUGCUCAAACAAUUCAGCAUCUUCUGCUUAUGAUCUAUAUUGUGUUCCUUACUCCCAAGAGUAUAAUCAUUUCCUCACAAAAGCCUCUGACUUAUUGCAUAAAGCUGGUGACUUGACCAGCUCACCUAGUUUGAAGAAAUUGCUUCAUAGCAAGGCUGAUGCUUUCCUGUCAAAUGAUUAUUAUGACUCUGAUAUUGCCUGGAUGGAGUUGGACUCUAAGGUGGAUGUUACUAUUGGUCCAUAUGAGACGUAUGAAGAUGCACUAUUUGGCUACAAGGCUACAUUUGAAGCAUUUAUUGGAGUUCGGGAUGACAAAGCUACAGAUCAAGUAAAACUUUUUGGUGAUAAUUUGCAGGUGUUGGAACAAAAUCUUCCACUGGACAAUGUUUACAAAUCAAAAGAUGUGACUGCUGCUCCUAUUAGAGUCAUUCAACUUCUAUACAAUGCAGGAGAUGUAAAGGGUCCUCAAACUGUUGCUUUUAAUCUGCCGAAUGAUGAACGUAUAGUAAAAGAUCGAGGAACUUCAAUGGUUAUGCUUAAGAAUGUCUCAGAGGCUAAAUUCAAGCAUAUUCUUCAGCCUAUAUCUGAUGUUUGCAUUACAAAGGAACAACAAAAACUGGUAGAUUUUGAUUCAUUCUUCACUCACACAAUUUGCCAUGAGUGCUGCCAUGGGAUUGGACCUCAUACCAUAGUUCUUCCAAAUGGUCAAAAGUCUACAGUAAGAUUGGAGCUGCAAGAACUUCACUCUGCUUUGGAAGAAGCAAAAGCUGAUAUAGUCGGCCUCUGGGCGUUAAGAUUCUUAGUUAACCAGGAUUUGCUUCCAAAGAGCUUAAUGAAGUCCAUGUAUGUAUCCUUCCUUGCUGGCUGCUUUCGCUCAGUACGUUUUGGUUUAGAGGAAGCUCAUGGAAAAGGACAAGCUUUGCAGUUUAAUUGGUUAUAUGAGAAAGGAGCUUUUAUUUUGCAUCCUGAUGAAACAUUCUCUGUUGAUUUUGCCAAGGUUGAAGGUGCCGUUGAAAGCCUAAGUAGGGAGAUUCUGACAAUACAAGCACAAGGUGACAAGGAGGCUGCGAGUCUGCUGCUCCAAAAAUACUCUAAAAUGUCUGAACCUCUGAAAAUUGCUUUGCAGAAACUAGAGAAUAUUCGGGUACCUGUGGAUAUAGUUCCAACUUUCCCUAUUGCAGACAAGAUAUUGCAGCAAGGACAUUGAAAUUUUAUAACUGUCAAGCUAUCAAUGUAUCCUAAACAAGAUUAUGCUCUACUGCUUACAGAAAAAUCACAAUUUCGAAUAAGAGAUAUCCAACAAGUUUGAUCAUGCAACUUAAAAAGUUUUUUUCUUACUUUGUAUGUUGACUUAAUAAUAUGUAGACAUAUGUAAGAGUGGUGCAUUGUGCUCUAAGUGUUCCAGUUGAAAAUACAUAAACAUAAGGUUAAUAC